CCACUCAUUCUGUUUAUUUAGCUGUAGCUCCUGAAAAACAGAAGAGGUGACUAAAACCCUGUCAAGCAUUCCUCUUCCACUUGGUUUUUAAAGAGCCCUCUAGUUCAGGGGGGCUUUUUUAUCUAAUUAUGAUCUAUUUUAUUGUACUAGCACUCUGUUGUAGUUUUUUCUCUGGCAGAGCCACACCUCUUCUGUUUGAGUUUUUGGACUGUGACAAUCCUGAUGUCUUUAAAGCCGUCGAUGCAGCGCUGAAGAAAUACAAUGGAGACAGAGCAACCGGUAAUCAAUUUGCUCUAUACAUGGUGACGGAAGCCAAAAGAACUGCAGGUCCAGACGCACAAUUCUAUGUGAAAUAUCAAAUACGGGAAACCACUUGUGGCACUGAGGAAAACAAACUCUGGCAAGACUGUGAUUACAAAGUACCUGCAGAGACUAAAACGGGAGAAUGCACAGCUCAAGUUCACAUGAAUAAUGCUGAAAAAACAAGUAAUGUUUUACAAGACUGCAAAAUCUUUUCAGCUACGCCAAAGAUAACACUUACUCAGGCUACAUGUCUUGGAUGCUUUCAUCCUAUAUCAAGUGACAGUUCAGUAGUGUCAGAAAUUCUGAAACAAGCCAUUCAGAAGUUUAACACGCACAGUGCUGAACCUGCCCUUUUUAAGCUUGUGGAAAUACAAGAAGCUAAAAGACAGGUGGUAGCUGGAUGGAAUUAUGAAAUUAAAUAUGAAAUUGAGGAGACUAAUUGCUCCAAAGACCAAUUUCAAGAUUUAACUCCAGAAUGCAAAACCACUUCCAGAGGUCGUGUAGGUAAAUGUGAUGCCAAAGCAUAUCAAAGUCUUCAGGAAGUGAUUGUGGAUAUUGCAAACCAGUGCAAGCUUCCAGUUGAAGAGACAGUAAUUCCUGCCACUCAAACUGGUUGUCCGAAGACUGUCUCAAAAGACAGUCCAGAACUGAAGGAACUACUGAAGGUUUCCAUGGAGAAGUAUAAUUCGGAAAGCAAUGAUGAUUUCUACUACAAAAGUGGAGAAAUAGAAGCAGCAACAGUUCAGGUGGUUGCAGGACAAAAAUACCAUUUAACAUUUGCAGUCCGGAAGACAAACUGCUCAAAGUCAGACUUUGAAAAAAUUAAUGAAGACUGUGAAGCCACAUCAGACAGUGUACCAUUGUCAUGUGAAGCACAAAUUCAUGUGAUCCCAUGGGAGAAUAAAAUCUUUCCCCAGGUUAACUGCUCCAAAGAACGGUCAAUGACUGUAUUACUAAGAAGGCCUCCCGGAUUCACACCUUUCCGAAGUCUUGUUAUGUUAAAUCAGCCAAAUGAAAUUUCAUGCUCUGAUAAAAAUGAAGAAGAAAAGCAAAAACCUGAUAAAGAAACAAGAGAAGAUGAGCAAACACCUGAUAAAGAAACAAGAGAAGAUGGCGGACAGGAACCAGAAGGUGAAAGUGAACCUGAGCAUAAACACAAGCAUAAACGAGCGUAUGAACAUGGGCAAGAACAUGGGCAUGAACAUGGGCAUAAAAAGGAUCAUGAGUCUGACAGAAGGCAUAAGCAUCAAAGUGGUUGUAGGCACAGACCUGGUCAUGGGUGUGGGCAUAAAAAACACAGUAAAAAUGGUAAACAUAAACAUCCAAACCCCAAAUCUUCUGAGGAGUCCAAUGAAAGUGGUUUUGACCAAACCAAAACCCUCCCAUCAUCCAGUGCUGAAACAGCAUCAGAGAUAGUAAACCCAGGGGUUUCAAGAAAGGAAACCAGUACACCUGCAGAACCACUAAUUCUUCCAGAUACUUCUUUAUUUAAUGAGCCGCCAGAUCGCCCAGAAUCUCCUCUCCCCAAGUGCCCUGGAAAACCAUGGAAAGAAAUUAUGGACAUUCCAGCUCCUUCUAGCUUUCCCAGAGAAUUCACAAAUGAGGAUCUCUUGCCUUCUCCAGUAGAAAACAGCAAUCCAGCCACAGAAAACUCAAGACCUUCCCAAAAUGAAAUGAAAGACCUUGAUCUCUCAGAUGCUUUACUGUAAUUCAAACACUGUAGUAUCCUUUUCAGAAAUUGUACGUAGAAAAAGUAAAAAAAAAAAACCAGCCUUUUGAAAUGUUUAAAAUGUGAAGAGGCAAAAGCUCCUAUUCUGUUAGCUAAGAUACUCAAGUAGGUCACCAGCUCUUCUGGGGACCUAGGAUCAUAUGGCAAUACUCUGUAUUUGCAUAUAUUUGCAAAGAUGUAAAUCAGGCAACGGCACCAAUGCCUCAGAACCAGUCUAGUAAAGGCACCAGGCAAGUCAAUAGCCUUUCGCUGCAGAAGUUAAAAUUAUAUCUGCCUCAAAUUGCUAUAGGCACAAAGUGAAUCAAAUCUACUGUAUCAUGUUUAAAACUGUCACAAAUAUUUUGCAGAUUACAUGAAGACUCUUGAUCAAAUAUGGGUAAGACAAAAGCAAGCAAAGGAUGCCUUUCUUAGAUAUCUGAAAUAAUAUUUCUCUAAUUUACUGGGGUGAAGCUUUUAAAAAAAAAAUAAACCAAGUGAACUUGUUUUACCUCUCAGUUUCUUCAAACAGAUUAGUAUUACCACCACUCUACCGCUAGCAGUUGUUCUGUUGAAUGGUAUAACUAGGGACAACUGGGAGAAUCCUGAAUAAUGCAGCUCUUUUAUUCUCUGUGAACAUUAUGCUAACUACACCACAGAGGCACUGUGAUUGACAGAUUUUCAUGUGGCAGAGGUGCACAAAUAUGACAGAUGAAAAAAUUACAAACACUUGAGUUGCCUACAAUUUGUCUGCCUUCUUCCAUAGGUUAUGCAUAAUUUAGAGAAUGGAUUGAGUUUUCUACUCUGGAUAUCUUGCAAAGGUUGAGGUUUUGGUGAGAUACAUUAGCUAAAACACACCAAGUAUUUCUGGCACCUUAAAAUAUGUUUUCUCUUUAUGGAUCCAAUGAUUUAUAGAGCUGACAUUCCCCCCAACCCCCAAGAAAAAAAAA